CACGAGCUCCUCUACUCUUUUUUUCUUUAACCUUUGGAAGAUAUUCAGUUCAAACCCGAAAGCGGCCCAACCCACCGGAACAUUUCGUCAAAAGCCUCCAAAUUCAAGCGAAAGUUGGUCAUCAGCUCAUCACCAACACCGGCACGGCAGCACCGCACCCGCACUGCUGUGACUGUGAGACCCGCCUAUCCCGUAAACCAUGUUGGAAGACCGUCCAUUUCCCACUCCACUGACAAAGUUACUAGCCGUUAGACAGUUUAUUUCAAUUUCACCCCAUCGCUCUCCUCUCCUACCUCCCUUCAAAUUCGAAUCCCGCAGUCCACCAGAUCCCAACAAAUAAACUCGUCAUCAACGACACCUCCUUCCUUCCUUCCUUACCAAUCACUCAAAUCAUUCCCAAUUGAGAUUCAUUCGAAGGCUAAGGCUGAUGGGGAUGGAGGCGAAAUGCGGCGGCCUGGCCGUAGCUGCCAGCGCCGCGGUCAGGCGGCCGCUACAACCGCGGGACACCAACGUGGCGGCGUCCACGGUAGUAGUCGGGAAGAAGACCGCUGCGCCAACGCCCAGAGCUCAUCCAAAGGCGGGGGCGGGGACGAGGCCGGGGCCGCCGGCGGCGGCGGCGGCGGCUUUGCCUUCACUGCCGCUGUUCCCGGCCCAGUGCGGCGUGUCUGUUGCGGCUGCGGGGGUGGCAGAAGUGUCGCUGGCGGAGGAGCUCGAGAAGGCUCGGGAGCGGCGCGCGCGGCUCCGCGCGGCGCGGGAGCAGACGGAGCGGGAGAUGGAGAGCCGCGCCGAGGUGAUGGAGCGAGCGGCGGUGGAGUGGGAGCGCCGCGCGGAGGAUCAGCGGAGGCUCGUCUCGGAGCUCAUGCGCCUCAUCGGGAUGCCUGAGACGACGUCAUGGUGGCUGGCAGGUGUACACGCCGGUGGAAUCACUGAGAUCCAAGGAAGAGAGGAAGCGAAGGGGAGCCACUAUUGCUCAUUCCGGUUCGACGGGUUCCAUCUCGACAGCAUCAGAAUUGCAGGCUGAUGAUGCAGCAGGAGCCUGUAGUGAUGAGGAAUCUGAGGUAACCGGAGGGGAUAACAGAGACGGCAAAAACAACUGAGAUCACCUCUGAUUUUGUGCCAUUGGUUCCGUUUGCUUGUGGCUCUGUUUUCCCCCCUAGUGUAAAUCGUCAGUUUUGAAUGAAAUCAAAUGGCCUGUUUGAGUGUUUAGUUCGGAAUAUUUGAGAUGUACAAAGGUUCUACUGUCAACAACUAGAAAACAGGAGCGUGGCGUUGCUGCGCCUCCACUAGAUUGGGCCAGUGUACACCAGCACAAUCCCAUCAGGAGAUCUAACGAGAUGCUCAAAUUUGACCACGAAGAGAUGCACCAGCUAAAUAGUUGAGAUGCUUGCACAGCGAUAAUCUAUGUAUAUUAUUUACCAUCCAGCAAAAGGUCCUACCAGCAGAUCUUCGAUCAUAUCCAUAUCUUUUAAAGUACUUUUCAGAAUAACUUGUGAUGAGAAACAUCAAAACAAGGUCCUACCAGGAGAUGUGUAAACGUCAUUUAAAAUUCA